AUGAACGUUAAAUCAUGCGACGAUAGUGCCCAUUCCUCUAUGGAUAGAACUGUCGAGCUCCCGCAGAACUACCAAAUAGUUAAGACACCCUAUGGAGGCAAUGACCCUGAAGAGAGCAUUGAUGUUGACUGUGAUAUGCAGGAAAUCGACGAGGGUCAGGCCUUUUGCAACAAUGUCACUGAGGAGAACAAGGAGAUAGACGACUCAGUUGACAAUACCUUUAUUAAAACAUUCAAUAAUGUAAUUAAUUAGGUGAUGCUUUCGUCCCCGGAAAGAACUGCAAAUAAACAUAAUCUGGAAACAAGGUUGAUACACACUAAAGAGACACAGGAGAGAUUUGAUACACUGAAUUAAUACCAAAAUGCUACUUAUAAUCUCACUGCUAGGAAGGUGAGUAGCAAUAGCAAAAAAGGCAACUCAAGAAUCAAUCAUAACAAAAAUAAGUACUUGCUGAAUUCGAAUGCACUGCUCUCUGCCAACUAAAACAAUUACUCGCCUAAAUUCAUUACAUCCAAUUCUCCUCAGUAAUCAUCAAUGAAUAAAAGCUAGAGUAAGUUAAACCGGUAUAUGAACAUGAAUUCAAACAAGCUUACAAGUUCUCAAUAGAACUUUGAUACGAAGACAAAGCAUAUGCAGAUGAUACUGAAUAAUCCAAAUCCCAAUCAAAAUCAGUUUUUGUUUUAAGAAGAUUAAGACACUUUUCAAGAAAUAUACAACACAGCCUGGUACGGGGGAGGAGGAUCGCUUGCAAACGGCAUAGGACAUAACAUCUAAAUGCUGUAAAAUAUAAAUAAUCUUGAAGGCGAUGGUAUUCUUGAGUAGACUUACAGUGAAUCCCCAGGAUCUGAGGAUAGAUGCAGCAAAGCACUCUCUGGCAAGAAGACCAAUGCUUACUUCGGUGGCAAGAACAGUAUUGGCUCUCGCUAAGCCAACAACAAUAAGAGAUUAGAUACUCAGUCUAGCAACGGUAAAUCCUCUUAGAAGACUCUUUAUCAAGCGAAGUCUUAACGCAUCCUGGACAGACUCAGUAUUAAAGGCGCAUCCUCAGCAUUAGUUAAUCAAAUUACUCCAAGGAAAUUAAAUAUGCCAUUAAAUCCUAACUAUUCCAUAGGUGGAAUUAAUCAAAUAUUCAACAAAAAUAGUACGAAUAUGAAUCAACAAGUAAAGGCUAGUGUCAUUUCUGGAGGUAGUAGCAUGCAACCAAGCAGUGCAGCUAGUGGAUUCAAUGGAGGUUACUCACAACCUGACUCAAAUGCGAAUUCAAACAAUGCCACGGUUAUAUACCAGAACCCAUAUAUGAGCAGACCUAAAAUGGCUCAGAAUGCAUUCUAAGCCACAAAUGGAUUUAUAAAUAGUAACAGAAACGGCAUGUCUGAUAGCAUGAAAACUGAUUCUAAUUUAGGAGGAUAGUGUGUAUAAUAGCAUAUGACAAUUAAAAAUAAUUACAGUAGCAACAACAAUUUUACUUAAGCAUAAAUGAAUUUCCGAGCUAGCUGUCAACUGGAUAGAUCUCUUGGUGACUCUCAUUGCAAUAGUGGUAGAACAACGCGUAAACAAUCUUAGAAUCAUAUAAUGCUGAUCAAUCGACACGAUCCGACUAUUGCGAUCACUCACAGUCCACUUAAAGAUUACAAUAACAUCCACGGAGAGGACAUGGUUGGCUUUUAAGUUUUGAGGACUGAAGGUAUGGCAACAGAACCCUCCACAAUCAUGAAUAAAUCCACCCUCCACGGCAAUAAGCAACUCUCAGCCAACAGAAAUAAAGACAACUCCUCUAAGAAAGACUUGCAUGACAAUCAGAUUAUGAUUCUGUCUUAGCAAUAGAUGCUGCUUAACAAUGGGAAUAGGGAACAGCAAGAAGAUUCCUCGAAGUAGCAGGAUAAAAUCAUUAAAAGAUUCAUCAAGGGUGAGAUAACCUUAGAGCAGGCACAGAAACUAGAUAAAUAGAUCACUAGGCAGAAAGUGACGCAAAGAAGUGGAUCUUCCAACAGCAAUCACAACUAGCCUAAUGAUUAAAAUCUAGAUCCCAAGACUAAGCAGAAUAUAAUUGAGAAUUUUAACAAAAGAAUGGAUGAGGCUCAUAAGUAAAAGAUGCUCAAGAAAUAGCAACUUGAGAUUUAUAGUCAAAAUGGAAAUGCCAUAAUUAACUCUAGAGAGUUGUCUGAACACUACAUCAACGAUGCUUUUAACAGCAACAUCACUUCAGUCAAUCAUAACAUCAAUAGCGGCAGCAACAGAUUUGAUAAUACCUUCACUAAAAAUCUAACCAAGAACAGUCUGAAUAUCAGUGAUAACAAAUCAGUGCAUGGUCUCAGAGCCGCUAAUCAGACUCAUGCUGAUUUUGAAGCAUUUAUGAAAAGAUAAAACUAGCAUCUUGAAAAUAAAGAGGAAUUCGUAAAGCAGAAAUAGCAGCAGUAGAUGAUCCAGGAAAUAGCCAUGGGUCAGUAAUCUUUGAAGAGAGUCAAGUCACAGAAGAAUAACUUAAAUAAAUACAACUAUGACAAGCAAUCGCAACUAAGCUACAUAUCAAAGUAAAAAAGUGAUCAAAGCAUAGACAGGUUCGAGAUAAACCAAAGCAAGGAUCAAAUCAAGCUAACCAUGAGCAUUGAUAAGAAAAAUAAAGUAUUGUUGAAUACUGGACCUGAAGUAGGCUCAAUGCAAAAUGGUAUUAUAACUAGCAAUCUGGCAAGAAAAAGCUUUAAUAGCAAUAAUAAUUAGACUCACAAUGAAUCUACAAAAAAGAUGAUUGAUACAAGUCCUGCUAAAUCAGUAGGAAAGAAUACAUCAUAGAUGAAAGAUUCGAGCAUUCAAGGUUCAACACUACGAUAGCCAUCUUUAUUGCCUUAAAAUUCACAGAUUUCAACAAAUUGCUCCAUCAGAUAAUCAAUCCUAACAUAAGGUGCAAGCAAUUCUACUAAAAAGCAACCAUAGUCUAAAGAUAGUAAGCCUGGUCACAACGCGCAUGCUUAUUCAAAUGACUCUAAUCUUAAUCAUAUUGAGAUGGUCAAUAAAAAUCUUACUAAAAUAAAGCAAAAGAGUAGCUUAGUAAACGCUAGUCAUGCGCCACUGCCAAGACCCAACAAUCAAGACACUAAGUCAUUGAAAAAGCUAACUUCAAAUAAGAAUCUUCUUACUACUAACACUGCUAAUUCCAACAUUAAUCAGAGCAGUAGUGUUAAUAAUAUGAGUAACUAUGGGACAUAAUUCAAUAGUCAGAAGGAAAGGAUAAACUAAAAAGAGAAACAGGUGCCAGGAUAAAGACUAUCUAAUUACAACUUCCCUUCCAAUCCAGUAUCACCAACUAAGCCCUUAAUAAACCAAUUGAAUACCAAUGGCAACACGAGUAGUGCUAAUAAUCUUAUUAAGUAGCAGUAGCAGCAGCCGACUAAGGAGCAAUAACUUAAAAGCUAGAUAAUAUUUUUGGAUUUGUUGAAAGAGGAUAUUCAUAAAUACAGAGCAGAGAGAUAGAUAACUGAUGACUACUUAAACAAGCCUUUGAAUCAUGAUUAAUUCAAGGAUAUCAUGAGUCAUGUCUACAUGAUUGAAAAGGGUUCACACAAGAGUUCAGAGCUGUACUAGAGUUUGUCAGCUGAUAUAAACAAAACAACAGGGUCAGUGGUGCCAGUUUCUAUUUAAACUAUCUAGGAUUUCCUUUAGCUGAUAUUGACUGAGUAAGUAGGUAACGGUAAGAAUGUAAAUGCAGAGUCAAUUGAAAAAUUGAAGAAGAAAUACAGAGUGUACUUCAUUCUAAGGUAGGAUCAACUGAGAGCAAAGCAUGUAUAGAAAAAAAUGACUAUGAACCUCUAGGCUUAGAGACUGAGCAAUCAGAUUGAAUUAGAAAAGAAAUUCAGUCCUCAGCUAUCAUAGAAAUCCUUGCACUUAAGCUAGAGAAGCAGAGAGAAUUCACUUAAAAGAUUGUAGAAUGUAGCUGGCUAGAAUAACGAUGGGUUAAACAGUCCAACAGAAUAAACUUUGAAGUAAAAAGUGAGUAUAUAUGAGCAUUUCAAAUAUCUGGAUUAGUUGAAGAAAAUGCAGCUAGAGCAGUUAAGGAAUCAGAAACUGGAAGAUGAGACCAAGAGUUGCACCUUCAAGCCAGAGAUAAUAUCUCGCCAGUCUAAUUCUUACAAUAACUCGCAGAAAUUCGACAGUGUGAAGAUGCAAGACACUCUGGAUGACAUUGCUUGUUUUGACAACAGUGAGGUUGAGGAAGUCAGUGGGGAGUCUGAUGAGAGUUUGGAAUAUAUAAAAUCUUAGAAAAACAUAGAUCUCCUAAGCUAGCAGUAGCUAAGCAACAACUAGAACAAGAUUGAGUUUAGAUCAGCUUCGAAGAAGUCAAGCAGGCUAGACUAGGAUCUAUCGCCUAUUGCUCCAAUAAAGAAUCUAAACAUCAAUGAGUCUAUCUCUGAACGCACCAAUGAGGAUGAGAUCAUUGCAGCUAUUGAUAUACCCAUGCUUCAUGUGGAUGUAAAGCAUGGACCCAACGAUGAAAUCACCAGACUCAGUAUAUACCAGGGAGACAACGUGGUGAAGAUAGUGACUUAGUUCGCCAUCAAGUAUGGACUGACUCUUGACAUCAGGGAGAAGCUGAUUAACUAUGUACAGGCGCAGAUCGUUUAGCUGAAAAGGGAAAGGCGGGAGAUAUUGCGUCAGAGUACUUUGAAAUAAAUAAUGUGA